CACGAGGCCUCGAAUCGCGGCUCAUUAAUGUGCCCGAAUCGCAAUGAGCUGGCAAUGUUUGCCGACGGCGUUAUGGGAUCCUCUCUUCGCUAUUAUUGAGGAAAAGAACGUGAAGAAGGAUGCUGUUCGAGUUAGGAAGAUCGAGCAGAGCAACGUGGGCAGCGCGUUCGUGGUGCAAGCCGGCGAUGAAUGUAGUUUGUUUAUCAAGUGUUUGCUUCCGAGCGACGGAGAUGACUUCCAGUCGAUGGAGGAGAUUUAUUUUGGAAACGAAGUGGUGUUCUACGGUGAGAUCAUGCGUGACUUCUUGCGGGUUGAGAACGAGGUGGAUGGAUUGGAGAGGAGGUUGACGAGUGUACCGAAGUGCUUGGAUGUGGGAAACGGGUCGGUGCCUUUCAUCGUGAUGGACAACCUGGUGUCGCGCGGCUACAAGGGUCUGGACGUUAAGCGGCCCUUGAGCGUGGAAUGCGUGCGGUUGGUCCUCCAGCAACUGGGCAGAUUCCACGCGAUGUCCUUCGCCCUCAAGCACAGAAGACCGGAAGCAUUCCGCAGAGCCACGAACAAACUGCGAGAAACGGUAUUCGCUUCUUCCAUGUUCCCCACGUACGGAAAACUCUUCCUGCACGCGAUCCACGACGCCCUGAAACUCGCAAAGCAAUCUCUACCGAGCGACAGCGUUUACGUGUCGAAAUUAGCCCUAUUCACCCUGAACAUCUUCGAUUUGAUGUCGGAUCUGGCUUUAGCCAAUCCUUAUUCGGUUAUAACGCACGGAGAUCUUUGGUCGAACAACAUCCUCUGCAAAUACGACGAAGAAACAGGAUUCCCAGAAGAUGCAGCGUUUGUGGAUUUCCAAGGAUGCAGACACGCCUCCCCCAUUCACGACCUCAUGUUCAUCAUGCUCCUGGCCAUCGAUAAGAGCACCCGCGACGAGUUCCGCGAGGACCUCUUGAAGUGUUAUUACAGCGCCCUCAGCGAGAAACUCGAAGAUUUGGGCUGCGAUUCGCAAGAAUUGUUUCCUCCGAAAGCCUUUGAUGCUGAACUCGGUAAACAAUCGCGGUUCUCCUUAGCAAUGGCGCUCGUGGGUCUUCCGCUUUACAUGAAUAACAGAUCGAUGGGAGAAAACACACCUGCAGGAGGCGACGAGACCGUCGACGAUUUGGUCGAGUUCGUGCAGGGAAUUUCAGCGAGGAAGACGACCAAAUGCAAACAUAAAAUGCUCGAAAUCAUCAUGGAUUGCGUCGACCAGGGAUAUCUAGACUGAUUUUAUUGGGCACGGCAACAGCCGAAACAAAACAUAAACGCAACAAACAGUUGCGGAAUUGAUGGCCAUGGACCAGAAUGCGAAUUAAACUCGCAAUAUCAACCAUAGCGAAUUGAACGUUUGAACCCUUCCCCACGGGUUUUCAAUAUUUCGCCCGAUGUUUUUGCGCUGUGCGGUUUUUGUUGCAACAACAAUAUAACUCGGACUGCCGGAAUUUGAUAACUUGUAAACGUUAUUUAAAUUAAAAAAA